AAAUGGAAAAAAUUCCAUGUCGGACGUAAAUAUAAUGCUGCGUCUAAAUUUUACAUUUUUUGUCUGAAAAACGAUAUUUCAACCAACUGUAAAAUCGUCAAUGCUGGAAAUUGACGAUUAAUUGCUCUUUUUGCUUUCAAACUUAAGGUUUCUGGAAUAAACUUUCAAAAUGGUGUUAAUCGUCAGGGUAGAAAAACCGACUUCUUGCAUGAAAAUGCCGUCAGCGGACGUCGAGGAUAUGCGCAAAGAACUGGCUGCCCAUGGUCAGGAUCAUCUUCUCAAGUUCUGGCCGCGACUGACCAAUGACCAGAAGAGGCAGCUCACAGCAGACAUUUUAUCUAUCGAUUUCAAUGAUCUCAGCACCGCCUACAAAGAUACGAAAUCCAACAAAGAGAACAACCAGAAACUCGAUAUGUUUAUGGAACCUAUUCCCGAGGAACUUCAUGAAGGUGUAACCAGGUGUAGUCCACAGCAGCUGCAGGAGUACCAGAAUAUUGGACUUCGAGAAGUCGCCGAGGGCCGAGUGGCAGCUCUUCUACUGGCUGGUGGCCAAGGAACUCGACUCGGUGUCAACUACCCUAAGGGAAUGUAUGAUGUUGGUCUUCCAUCUCACAAAACGCUGUACCAAUUGCAAGGGGAACGACUGUUGAAGCUUCAAGAACUAGCGGAGAAGCUAACAGGAAAGAAAGGCACAAUACCAUGGUAUAUAAUGACGAGUGAGCACACGAUGGAACCUACCUUAGAAUUCUUUGACAAACACGACUAUUUUGGUUUGCAAAAGGACGACUUGGUUGUGUUUGAACAGUACAUGCUACCGUGUCUCACUCAAGAAGGAAAGAUUAUCCUCGAAACUCCUUACAAAGUAUCCAAAGCUCCAGAUGGUAAUGGAGGCCUCUUCCGUGCCCUUCGAUUGCGAGGGAUUUUGGAAGAUAUGAGCAAGAGAGGUAUCAAAUAUGUGCAUGUCUACUGUGUCGACAAUAUUCUGGUCAAAAUGGCUGAUCCUGUGUUCAUUGGAUACUGCAUCAGCAAGAAUGCUAAUUGUGCUGCUAAAGUUGUGGAAAAGGUUGUACCAACAGAAGCAGUAGGUGUAGUGUGUAGAGUUGGUGGCAAGUUCCAGGUGGUGGAAUACAGUGAAAUUUCUUCCUCAACAGCACAGAAACGUAAUCCAGAUGGACGACUCACAUUUAAUGCUGGAAAUAUUUGCAACCACUUCUUUACUCUUGAUUUUCUCCACCAGAUUGGAUGUGGUGAUAAGAAACUUAAGUACCACAUUGCAGAGAAAAAAAUCCCAUAUGCUGGAGAUGAUGGCAAAACAAUAAAACCUAUGAAGCCCAAUGGCAUUAAAUUAGAGAAAUUUGUGUUUGAUGUAUUUGAGUUCUCAGAUAAAUUUGCUGCCUGGGAGGUGAAGCGUGAAGCCGAAUUCUCGCCCCUAAAGAAUGCUGACACUGCUCAAAAGGAUACUCCCACCACAGCAAGACUUUCCCUCUAUGCCUUACACAGACAGUACAUCAGAGAUGCGGGUGGACGAUUUGCAGAAGAACAAGGAGAUGAUUUUGUUUCUGUAGAUCUUAAGGUAGUUGGCAAUGGGGAAGAAAAGAAAGAUAUUGCUGAGGAAAAAAGUGCAGUUGGUGUCUGUGAGAUUUCUCCUUUGGUGUCUUAUGCUGGCGAAGGCUUAGAAGAAUUGGUGGCUGGCAAAAUCUUCAAGGGUAAAGUAGUCAUCAAUUCUCCUCGAGAACAAAUGCCCAUGGCAGACAAAGAAAAUGGAAAUAACUAAAAGUACUUAAAGUGGACUGCAACUGACCAACUGAAAUAAAGAUGCAUGCACUGUCUUGGCCGUUUUUAUCCUGGAUUGAUUGGCAAGCGUUAUGUUAGAACAUUCAAGAAACUUCAUUCUUAUACAUUCCAUCAUUACUGAAAAAUUGAACAUUUGGACAAGUUAGAUUGGAAUGGAGUAUUCUUGGUCAAGAAUAAUAACUACACAAAGAAAGGAUUGAAGGAUAAUUGCUAAAAU